GAAAAAGAAAACAACGGAAUUUCAAUUUAAGGUAGGCUUGGCUGGUCUUGUCUACGUUUACGUUUAACGCUAGCUGUAAUUGAUGAAAAGCAGAAAGGAAAAUGGAUCAUGACUAUGAGAAUAGAUUGCUGCGACAACAGAAUGGUUUGAGCACAGUUGGACUUCCAACUAAAGUGCCGUUAUCACCUGGUAAAGCAGCAUCGCCUACAAAAGACAGAUAUGGUGAUAGAUUUAUUCCAAGUAGAGCUGCCACCAAUUGGCAUGUAGGAUUUAACACAAUUGAAGAGAAAAACAAGCAUUCAAAUACAAUGAAGAGACCCAGAGAUAACAAUGUAGAAUCUGGUAAAGACACAUUAGCAUACCAUUGUCUAUUAAAAAAUGAAUUAUUGGGGUCUGGUAUUGACACUAUAAAAGACCCUCAGUCAGAAGACAGACGCAUGGUGACACCACAAAAGGUUCCCAAGAAUUUGUUCCAUUAUCAAGUACAUGCUUACAAGCCUACCAGUACACAGAAUGCUGACUCAUCUCCAUACUCUAUUUCACCUGUUGGAAGCAAAAGUCAAAAGUUAUUGAGAUCUCCAAGGAAGCCGAUAAGGAAAAUCUCAAAAAUACCUUUUAAGGUGCUGGAUGCUCCGGAACUACAAGACGACUUUUACUUGAAUUUAGUUGACUGGUCAUCCACCAAUAUUUUAAGUGUAGGUCUUGGCACAUGUGUCUACUUGUGGAGUGCAUGUACAAGUCAGGUAACUAAAUUGUGUGAUCUGUCAGUUGAUGGAGACACUGUCACUUCUGUGUCCUGGAAUGAAAGGGGAAAUUUAGUUGCCGUGGGCACUAAUAAAGGGUUUGUACAAGUGUGGGAUGCAGGAGCUCAGAAAAAAAUUCAUGUUUUAGAAGGUCAUUCUGCAAGAGUUGGUGCGUUAGCUUGGAACAGUGACAUGUUAUCAUCGGGAAGUAGGGAUCGUGUUAUACUUCAACGAGAUUUACGCAAUUCAAGCCUGAUGGCGGAUAGACGACUUACAGGGCAUCGUCAGGAAGUCUGUGGACUUAAGUGGUCACCAGAUCAUCAACAUUUAGCAUCAGGAGGAAACGAUAAUAGGUUGUUUGUAUGGAACAACUCGAGCGUAACACCAGUCCAGCAGUACACAGAUCAUAUAGCAGCUGUUAAAGCCAUUGCGUGGUCUCCUCACCAGCAUGGCUUACUAGCUUCUGGCGGAGGUACUGCUGACCGCUGCAUAAGGUUUUGGAAUACACUAACAGGCCAGCCAUUACAGACAGUAGACACAGGCUCACAAGUCUGCAACCUGUCCUGGUCUAAGCAUGAUAAUGAAUUGGUCAGUACACACGGUUACUCACAAAAUCAAAUAUUGGUUUGGAAGUAUCCUUCUUUAGUACAAGUAGCCAAGUUAACAGGGCACUCAUACCGUGUGCUCUACCUGGCAAUGUCUCCCGAUGGUGAGGCUAUCGUUACAGGUGCCGGCGAUGAAACGCUACGAUUUUGGAAUGUGUUUAGUAAAUCAAGAUCAACUAAGGAGUCGAAGUCUGUAUUGAACCUUUUAAACCACAUCAGGUAGCUAAUAGACAAGAUAUCCAAUGCUUCAGUGAUAACAGCAAGAGAAUGCUACAAGAUUUCAGUGGUAGCAGCAAAACAUGCUACAAUAUGCUAGAUGCCACAGUGAUAACAACAAAAGCAUUUUACAAAAUGUCAGAUGCCACAGUGAUAACAGUAAAAGCAUGUUACAAGAUGGCAGAUGCCACAGUGCUAGCAGCAAAAGCAUGCUACAAGAUGUCAGAUGCCACAGUCCUAACAGUAAAAGUAUGCUACAAGAUGUCAGAUGCCACAGUGCUAGCAGUAAAAGUAUGCUACAAGAUGUCAGAUGCCACAGUUCUAGCAGCAAAAGCAUGCUACAAGAUGUCAGAUGCCACAGUGCUAGCAGUAAAAGUAUGCUACAAGAUGUCUGAUACCACAGUGCUAGCAGUAAAAGCAUGCUACAAGAUGUCAGAUGCCACAGUCCUAACAGUAAAAGUAUGCUACAAGAUGUCAGAUGCCACAGUGCUAGCAGCAAAAGCAUGCUACAAGAUGUCAGAUGCCACAGUGCUAGCAGUAAAAGUAUGCUACAAGAUGUCUGAUACCACAGUGCUAGCAGCAAAAGCAUGCUACAAGAUGACAGAUAUGCCAGUGAUAACAGAAAAGCAUGCUACUACAAGCUACUUUCCAUUUGCAUGUUACCGUUUAGACUGCAAAAAAUUUAUGCUAAAACAAUUCUACAAUUUUGUACUCCUACAAUCAUGCUGAAAAAACGUUACAUAAAAACAUUCGUUACUCUUAGUAUAUAAAUAUAUAUAAAUUUACAAUGGCUCAAGAUUACGGUAUAAAUAAAGAUAGGUAUAAAAACAAGAUAUAAGUCUAAUGAUGCCCAUUUAAGGCUUUCAUUGUAGAUGGUAAAAGGUAUUUCAAAAACAAUUUGUGGUUAAGUUAUGAAACUGGUAGUACCUGUACAGACUGCUUUAAACCAGCUGGAAAUAGGGAUAGGAACGUGUGGAGUAGAAUGGAUAAAAGCUUUUUUAAUAGAUUGGGUUCUAAUUUAAUGACUCAACUGGGACAAUACUUUAUUGAUGUGAGAUUAUGGCUAUAUGAUUAAUAAUGUUGGUAUAGAAUAUUCGCAGAACUUAUUCACAGAGGAGUUUCAAAAACAGGUUAAUCUACACAAGGAAGGAAGAAUCUGUCUUGCCAUUGCAUCCUCUCUUAAUAAUUCCCUUGCCUUCUCUUCCCCCCUCCCCCCACAUUCCCAUUCCACCUUCACUUUUUCUUUCCUGCGUUACCCUCUCUGUGGGUAAGCCAAAAAUAUGGGAUAUUGAUCAUGUUGUGAGUAACUUGGCAUUUUUAAAAAAAGUUAUUUAAUUUUCACCAAUAUUGUGAACUCUUCAAUGAUUAUAAAAACUUAUAUUUUCUUUAUUAUUGUACUUUUAAAUGAUUACUAUUUUAAUUAUUAAUAUUACAUGUUUCUUUGUUUUUAAUUAAUGAAUGUAUUUCUUGUGCUUUAAAUCUUCAUCCUCUUGAAAACAUAACUACGUUUGCUAAUAUAGAAUCUGUAUGGUAUGAGCCCCUUGUAUGAGUAAUACAUAUGAUAUUAUAUUAUAUUAAUAUAAUAUCAUAUGUAUGAGUAAAACAUAUGAUAUUAUAUUAAUAUGUUAUAUAUACAUUCUGUAUGUUAACCCAUGCUGUAUAAACUAUGUAUGUUCUAGGGGCUCUUUCUAUAACAGUUUGUAUUAACUGUAUUUUAUACUGCAUAUUUGCUGACAAUAUAUUGCAUACCUUUGCAGUAUGAAUUCUAGGCCUAUAUUUAUACUGUAUAGAAAAUGAACUUAACUUUUAUAUACAUGGGAUAUGAAGUUUUAUACAGUAUACGCACUGUAGUGUAUGCAUAUGUGUAGUACUUUACAUAUCAAUACUGCAUUGUAACUUUAUACAGUAUACAGUAUAAAGUGUACUGUUUUAACAUUGUAUGCAUACCAUAUGUGGAUGUUUUAUAUUGUACAGUGUAUACUGUUCAAAUGUAUGUGCACUAUUAUACAGUACAUAAUGUAUGAAUUGUACACACUACGUGAACACUGUAUGCUUACUGCACAUGCCCGUCUUAAAGCUCUGUUCACAUUUUCAUAUUUAACAGUGUGAAUAGAGCUUAACAGUGUUACUACCAGUAUGUACUGUAUAAUGUGUUUACACUGUACAUAUACUGUGCCACAUUCACUUUAUGAUAUGUAUGUAUGGAUUCAGUUCAUGCUGUAUAAAUACUAUGCAUACUCACAUUAAUAGUAUGGAUACUAUACAGCAUAUGAACGCUGACUAUAAACAGGCUUUUGCUUCUAUAUUUUGUAUGGAUAUUGAAUACUGUAUGUGUACUAUGUAAUAUAGGUAUAAUUUAUACUGUAUGAAUCUUGUAUAAAUACUACAAACAUACCAAUUACACGCAGACUGUAAUAAUAUUACGUACAUUUGACAAAUUAUGUGUCGUCUGCAGUCAGUAUAAUUUGUAUUUGAUAUGCAUGUGUAUAAUAUGUAUUUAUAGGAGACUUUUAAUUUGUGUUAAACUUGAAAAAGAUUAUAUUUAAAAUAUAAGUAUAAUCAAGUUGUUUGUGCUCAAAUGACAACUUUAUUAGAAAUGAUAUUAAAGAAGUGGACAGAAUGCGAAA